UAAAGUAAAUUAAAGUACAUGGAAAUGGGGGUGGGACAACCUUUUUGACCAAUGUUGCAUAGGAUAAAUUUAUAUAAGGUGUAAGACAUCAAGAUAACGUGAUAAGUUUUAGAUAUUUGCGGAUUUUAUGCUGGUUAACAUUUGCUUUGUUUUAAAAAUGAAAAAAAGGAGUGUAUGUGGUAAAGGGUAAGAAUUCGAAGACAACACAUACAAAAUGAAUUUUGGGUAAUAUUCAAAUAACAUUUUAAGCUAAUUGAAAACUAAGCUUUAAUAGAUUACCUUGUAAGGAAAUAAUGAAAGAUGGAAUGCAACAUUAGAAUGAAAAAUUGUGGUAAUCACGCAAAAGACAAUGUACGAAGAGAAGAGAAUACGUGAUCAAUGUUAAGAAAAAGACUUUAAAUACUCUUGAAUUUGUAUGAAAAAUUGAUCGGUGAAUAAACGUGUUUGAAAGCUCCAACACGUCGUCGUAGUCAAUAUGGGACAACUUCCCUAAUCCUGUCGUACUACUUAGCAAGCAGGAUCGAUCUAUCUCCGAUUGUAUUCUCACUAAAUCGCCGGAAUUCCAUACCAUUUCAGAAAAAAACUUAAAAAACAUAAAGUGUAAUUUUAUGCACGUGAUUGUCCUAUGAUACAUGUAGCCUGUUGAAGUUAAAAAUGAAUAAACUUGCGCUGGUUCAAAUUUUUUUUAUUAUUAUUUUACAGUUUUACAUUACAUUCACGUGUGAACAACAACAUAUGUGACACCUGUGACAAUUCACUCCGCAUGGAGUCCACACUUUUUCAACAUGGAAAACACGUGUGACCAACAACAUAUGUGACACCUGUGACAAUUCACUCCGCAUGGAGUCCACACUAGAGGGACCCACUGCAUCGUCACCUCUAACACAAUUGGUCACAACCAUAUGUUACAAUAUUUGACAUAGCCUAUACCAGUACAUACAACGCCAAUUAAGCUAUUCUAUGCACGAAUGCUCUCUAACAUGACGUACCAAGUCAUACCGAUCUAUGUUUUGGCCGCUACAGGUUUGGAGGAAGAAGUCUGAUUUGCAUCAAAUCUCCCUCCCCACGUUUUCUAUUAGACUGCGUUAAGCUUCUAACAUCUUACCAGCUGGAUUGAGCCAACUAAUACUAUGGUGGGGGAUUCUCGCUAUAGUGCAAAUCAGCUGAGGCUUGUCAGAAAUUAAAGCCAAUUAAAGUGACUGCACUUACAGAUAAUCUACCACAGAGUUGGAUCGAUCCAGCAAGUACUAUGGGUUUAUCUGAACGCUCCCUUCCAUUGCGUAACCGCUAUCCAAUCACGUUGCGAUCUUAUUACUUCAUGACCUCAUUUUUAACUUUACACCAAUCAAUCAACGCGAAACAAUCCGUGUUUACAAUCCCGCACUCACACUACUCGACCUCACCAUAGACCUUCCAUUAAUGUACAUUGUGCCACACACAAAGCCAGAUUCGCCAUUUAGAUUUUUUCUCCGGUCACAAUCGUCACCAACAAUAUCCAGAGCGCCAGAUUAGUAAUGGCACAAAAGCCAAAUUACACAGCACGGAACUACCUGAGCGUCAGCCUUCCAAAUCUGGUGCUGGGGGCAUCACUUGUUUCUCUACCUCGCGAGGAGCAAGCUGAAGACAGCCUCGCAGAACCGCCCUCAAAGAAUGAGCUGGAGGGGUUGGCUCUGUGUGAUCACGUGGAUAGCGGAUGGUCUUGGGUUAUCAUGGUAACGGGGACAUUGGCGCUUUUCAUUGCAAAUGGUUUUUGCUACAGUUGUGGCGUCCUUUACCUUCCGUUGUUAGAAGCCUUUGGCGAAGGCGAGGUUAUGACGUCACUGGUGGGUUCGAUACUAUUGGGUCAAGGCAUUGUAUCGGCUUUUAUUGCUUCCAUAUUAUGUGACAAGCUGGGUUGUCGCAAGGCAUGUGCUCUGGGUGCUGUAGUCGCUGCAGCUGGACUUGGAGCAAGCUUCUUCGCCACAAGCUGUGCGUUCCUCAUAGUCACGUAUAGUGCAGUUGCAGGUAUUUUUUUAUCUCUUAUUAAUGAUCAACACAAUACCCAGCUUUUCUCAGGUGCUGGCUUGGUGAUCAGCUACCAAGCUGCCACUAUUAGUGUGGCCCACUACUUCCACGAGAGAAGACCAUUCGCCAUGGCCUUUAUUCAGGUGGGGUCCAGUCUCGGACAGGUGGUCGUCGCUCCACUUACACACUAUUUUGUGGAUGAAUACACCUGGCGAGGAGCCAUGUUGUUACUGUCUGCUAUCAGUUUGCAUCUUUUGGUAGUGGCAGCUUUGCUGCGGCCUCACAGAACAGAGCACUUUCAAAAGCAACUUAAAAAUGGCGUCCUGUUCGACUUCACGGUGUUGAAGAACGUGCCGCUGCUGCUUUUAACGCUUAACGUUGUUCUGUUGAAUGUGGUGCUAGGGUUAUUAUUUUUCCAUCUACCUGCUUAUGCAGUGUUCUCAGGAACCUCAAUUCACAAAGCUUCAUUGCUGCUUUCUCUCAUAGGAUUUACGGGCCUUUUUGCAAAGCCACUCUUUGGAGCAGCCAUGAAUCACCCGGAUGUUGACCAAUGUACUGUUUACAGCAUGUCGCAAACGCUCACUGGGGUCUUGAUGACACUGUCUCCGAUAUUAAUGGCUGACUUUUCGGGACAGAUGAUUUUUGUUUUGCUUUUCGCCAUCUACACAACUCCGUAUUUCGCUGGAAUAGUUGCAAUAUUUUUACAGCAUGUAUCGACCAAGCACCACGGAGCAGCACUGGGACUUCUACAAUGUGGAGGCGGUCUUGGAAUACUAUUUGGACCAUUUAUCGGAGGUACGUUCAGAAUAAACAUGACACCUGUAUUUAAUACCUGAUCAUUCAUAUCACUUAAAUAAAGGGGAAAUUAAGCACAUUGAUAAACACUCUUCACUUGUAACAAUCUGACAGGGUCGCCCACUCCAGUUUAAAGGUAUU